GGGGCAAAACUGUGUCUAUAUAUACGUGGUGUCUUCUGAACUCUGGUGGAUAAACCGCCCAAGUUAGCACCUUCACCAGCAGCAGCGUUCUUGCUCUUGGAAAUCUUCUGGCCUUCGAAGAUUCCUGCAGCCGUCGAGCAAAGAGGAACAUCUACUAGUCGGAGCACGGCCACUUUGGUUCCAGGGACCAAACUCCAAAGGGUUGAAGCUGAUCUGCAUAUAGCAAAGUAGAGGCUUUAUUGCAUUGCAGGAAAAGAUGGCAGCUUCUCAUGGAAAUGCGAUCUUUGUUCUGCUGCUGUGCACUCUCUUUCUCCCGUCCCUUGCAUGUGACAGCGGUGGCGUGAAGUUUGGGUACACUGGUUCUAUCGGCCCUGACUUCUGGGGGAAUUUGAGUGCCGACUUCACGCGUUGCUCGAACGGAAAGCAGCAGUCCCCAAUUGACAUCGACACCAACAACCUGGUUCAUGAACUGAAUAUGGAGCCACUCCAUAGAAAUUAUACCGCUGCAAAUGCUACUCUUGUCGACAACAUCUUCAACGUCGCGCUGCGGUACGAAGAGGCAGCAGGGGUUCUGAGCAUUAACGGGGUGAAGUACACGCUGAAGCAGAUGCACUGGCACUCUCCUUCCGAGCACACCAUCAACGGCUUCAGGUUCCCACUGGAGCUCCACAUGGUUCACACCAACGAAAAUGGCAACAUCACCGUUCUGGCCUUUCUCUACCGAUUUGGCAGGCCAGACCCGUUCUUCGAACAGAUUCAGGAUAAGCUGGCUGCGCUCAACGCGGAGGGCUGCAAGGCAGAGAAAGGCAGCCCGGUCCCUGCCGGAUCUGUGAGCUUGCUGACGAUGAGGCAGCACGUGCACAUAUACUACAGAUACGUUGGGUCACUGACCACGCCACCGUGCGCCGAGAACGUGAUCUGGAACAUCCCUGCCAUGCCGAGAGAGAUGACACCGCAGCAGGCCGCCGAUCUGAUGGCUCCCCUGGACGAAGGCUACCGCCGGAACAGCAGGCCGACGCAGCAGAUGAACGGCCGCACCGUGCAGCUCUACCACAGGUUCUGGGGGAAGAAGAAGAGGAGGAGCUCCCCGUAGGCUGACGACGACGACGUACGACGACGCGCUGGCAGCGCCAUCGAUCCAUUCCGGCCGAUGGAGAUCGCUGCGUGUUUUGGGGUCCCUUGUGUUGUGUUCUGUCCAGCAGUAGUAGUUUGUUUCUGAAGUCGUGUGUUUAUAGCGUCUAGGUUUGCUUUCUUAUUUUGGUUACCGGCCAUAGUUUGCCCCGGUUUUGCUAGCAGUCUUGAACUGGCUUUGAUUUCUGUACUAAGAGACCGGUCUUUUGUCACCCUCUUUAAUUACCUACUAAUGAAGAACUACUGAGUUCUCAACAAA